AUGGCUGCCACUCAAACGCAGAGAUAUUCCCUUCCCAAUGAAUACGACAAAGGAGCGCAACAGCUGUUAGGGAAGAUUCUGGCGGAAGGACUAUCCCAGAGAGAAUUGAACGCAGCUUAUGAUGACGUCAGUCGGGAUUAUGAUCAGGUUGUCUUGGACAAUGGAUACAAAGCCCCAAAAAGCUGUACAGACGCCGUAACAAAACUAUAUCCGGAAGCUGAACGAGCGCAAAAGGUCAUCUUAGACAUCGGCGCCGGAACAGGAUUACUAGCUGAUGAGAUGGUGAAGAAGGGGUUUAAAAUCUUCGAUGCCCUUGAUCCAUCACAGGGGAUGCUUGACAUUGCCAAAGAGAAAGGCAUCUACAGAAACUACAUCUGCGAAGCAGUUGGCAAUGAACCCCUCAACAUUCCCUCUGAUUCGUAUGAUAUUGUCACUGUUGUCGGAAGCCAUAUAGCAAAUCACAUCGAAAGCGAGGCUCUGAUCGAGAUUAUUCGAUUGGUCAAACCAGGUGGUAUCGUGUGUAUAGUUGCGCGAAUGGAGAGUUUAUCAAAUCUGGAUAAGUAUAAAGACUCUUUUUUCCCAUUGUGCGAAAAACUUGAAGAGGAGAAAAAAUGGCAGAAAAUUGACUGUUCAUCUUGCCCAUAUUGGAACAAGAUCGAAGGUGUUCAAAUAAUGACCACGCAGAGGUACACUCUCCCCAAUAAUGACCAAGGGGCGGUAAAUCUGUUAGGGAAAGUACUGGCUGAGGGACUGUCUCAAAUGGAGCUGAAUGCAGCUUACGAUGACGUCAGCAAAGAUUAUGAUCAGGUGGUGACAAGCAAUGGUUACCAGGCCCCCAACAGUGCGGCUUUAGCUUUAGCCAAGGUAUUCACAGAGGAGGAGCGGCCGCUAAAGACAACGCUAGACAUCGGCGCUGGUACCGGACUAUUGGCAGUGGAGAUGAAAAAAUUAGGAUUCAAAAUCAUUGACGCUCUUGAGCCUUCACAAGGAAUGAUUGAUGAAGCAAAAGAAAAAGAUCGUUAUAGAAAUUAUAUCUGUGAAGCCAUUGGCAAAGAACAACUUGAUAUACCCUCCGCGUCAUACGACAUCGUCACGGUUGUUGGCAGUCAUGGAGUAAAUCAUAUUGAAAGCGAGGCUCUGUACGAGAUUAUUAGGUUAACAAAACCAGGAGGAAUCGUAUGCAUGGUGGCUCGCAUGGAGUGUUUAACAAAUCUGGAAGAAUAUAAAGAUACAUUCUUUCCUCUGUGUGAUCAACUAGAAAAAGAAGGAAAAUGGAAAAAGAUAGAUUGCUCUUCAUGUCCAUACUGGAAGCAAGUGGAAGGUGUACAGAUUGUGUAUAAACAAAUGACGACAGAAAAGAAUUAUAUCCUGCCAUCCGAAGAACCGGAAGUGCAGACGCUACUUGAAAAUAUCUUCGUUAAGGGCCUUGACCAAAAGGGAUUGAAUGCAGUGUAUGACGAUUUAAGCAACAAUUAUGAUAAGAUUUUAGGUGACAGUAAUUAUUAUGGGCCACAUUCGGCGGCAGAAGCGGUGGCCAAGUUUAUUAAUAUGGACGAGCGUGCUCUAAAGAUAAUCCUGGACAUAGGGGCGGGAACUGGAAUGGUGGCAGAGGAGUUGCUGAAAAAAGGCUUUAAGAUUUUUGAUGCGUUGGACCCCUCCCCAGGUAUGCUUGAAAAGGCAAAACGAAAAGGUCUUUAUAGAAAUUACAUCUGUGAGGCGAUUGGCAAGGACCCACUGGAUCUAGCUUCUGAUUCCUAUGAUGUUGUUACUGUUGUUGGAAGUCACACGAAAAAUCACAUAAAAAGUGAGGCACUGGAAGAGAUGGUUCGUUUGGUCAAACCAAACGGACUCAUUUGCAUAGUGGCUCGAAUGGAGGGACUUGAAAAGUUUGACGAAUACAAAGAUUCAUUCUUUCCUCUAUGUGAUCAAUUAGAAAAAGAUGGAAAAUGGCAAAAAGUAGAUCGCUCAGUCUGUCCGUACUGGAACACGUUGGAAGGCCUGCGAUUAAUAUACCGAGUUUGUUAAUUUCAAAGAUUGAUUUGAAGCUUCAGGUAGUUAUAAUACC